AGAGGUUACAAUAGAUAAAGCAGACACUAAAGACGGGACCAAAUAUAUAUUUAUCUCUGAUCAUGAUCCUCCUUUUUCAGCUAAAGAAUAGAGGAUGAUAACCCGGUUUAGUAUAAUAUUGUGGUGUUGAGUAAACACCAGGGUUGGGACGGAGAACUAUCAAUGAUUAAUAUUUAAUCAGUAAUUGUUUGUUGUCUGGAGAACGGUAAACCAGGAGCUGUGUUCCCAGCAGUACCCGGAGUAGUUGGGAAUGGACAAACAAACCUUUCUCGUCCUUCUCCUCUCCCUUCCCUGUACAGUGAUAGGAUGGGGAGAAUGGGACAGUGUAAGCUGUUACUCCUGUGGACUACCAACUAUUGACCCUGAAAAGGAUGAACAGGAUACCUAUGGGACGGAUCCAGGAGUGAACAAGAAGAUGUACAACCAUAGUUGUGAUCUUAUGGAUAAUGGUCUGAGUGGAAACUAUAAGUUUGCAGGCCAAGAACUAGCUCCUAGAACAUGGGUGACCUAUGUGAAUAAGUCGGAACCUCUACUCAGCGAGAACGGAACCCAGAUUACAACCUGUGCUCCGGAUACUACUGUCAAUGGAACUGUUGUGCCAGGAAAGUGUACAAAUGCAAUGAGAGAGUGGAGGGUUGCAGUUCCUAAACCUCCAAAGGAAUAUGAUAUGAGUAUGUGGAUAAGGAAGUGUCCCAAGGGGGUUAGAAGCUGCUUUAAAGCAAUUGGAAAUUGGGAUCGCCAGAAGCCCGUAUUCCGGGGAUGCUCGGAGUCAAUCUAUGCUCAUCCCCAAACCUGUAGGAGAGAACUCAAAUCCGUCUCCGUUAAUCCAGCCCAACCACCGGUUGAUGUUGAAGUGUAUCUUUGCUUCUGUAGUGCUGAUACUUGUAACAUAGACAUUAGUUCAGGUUUAAGUUUACGGUUUGGUUUGAAGUAUUUGAUUUAUACUCUCCUGUGGAUUCUAUUUAUCCAAACUUUAGCUUAAUUUUUCUCUGUUUUUUUUCAAUGCUUUUUCUCCAUUUCCUUUCUCUUCCUUUUUCUUUCCAUUUCAUUUCCUUUUCUCUAAAGAUUCCUCGCUAAAUUCCAUUUUUUAAUA